AUGGCUUCACAGCUUAAACCAGAUGAUACACCUUACUUGAGUUACUACGAUGUGCGACUACUCAAGAUCGAUAUUAAUGCGUUGAAGAAUGACUGGCUUACAGACAAUGUCAUCACAUUCUGGGAAGAAUUUCUCGAACGCGAAUACCUUACAGAAUUCAAGAACUCUAAGAUCAUCCUAUUACGGCCAACCAUGUCAGUCAUGCUUGGGUUUGCGCAAGAUGCAAAGGAGGUAAAGGAAGCACUUCCGGAUUUCACAGGCGUAACCCAUGUGUUCCUCCCUAUAAAUGAUUGCAACACUCCAAACCAAGCAGAAGAGGGUACACAUUGGUCGCUCCUUCUCGUAUCUGUCGUCGACGGUGUGGCCUUCCAUUACGACUCCUUCUAUCACGGUAACCAAACGGUAGCCUUAAACGUUACAAACAAACUCUCCCGUCUUCUCGGCAUAAAACUCCGGUUCAUACAGUUGCAAGACACACCGCAGCAGGAAAACGGCAGCGAUUGUGGAGUCUAUGUUUGUCUAUUCAUGAGACAUUUAUUGUUGAAGAGACUAUUGAUGGUAAGAACUAACGAGAAGGUGAGCAUGAGCAUGGCCGACAAGAAGAUCGAUGCACGAGAGGGGAGAAAGGAGAUGCUCAGAGUCAUCGAGGAUCGUAGGAGAGAGGGCGAGAAGCGACGAUCACUGAGCAAAUCUCCUGCACCAGGGUCGCGGAAAUCGAGGAGUCCACCUAGGAUAGACAGUCCCAUAGACGACUCUAGGAAUUCACGAUGA